GUGGCUCUCACGUGAGCGGGAGCCGACGUGUGCAGACGUCCUUCUAAUCCCGGUCUUUCGUUUGGUCCGGUUGCCAUCUCCUUAUUACCUCGAGGGCUGGCGGGCCUGUGGCCAGGAGAGGAGGAGGAGGAGGGCGCUGUACCACUCGGAGCAAAGGAAUAAAGAAUCUGCCCCGAACCCCUGCAGGACCUUGGAUUCGGAAAGGCUGGUAUUGGGACUGUCUGAAGUGCUGUUCUGUCUGCCUAGCAAUCUGUCUCUGCCCUGUCGCCUGUCUGUGUCUUUGGAUCUUGCGGCUGAAGGCCAAUCCAACUCUAGGAGCAGGAAGAAGAGGAAAAUUGUCCAGAAACAAGUUUGCAGGACUCAGUGUACUUCCAGGCAAGAAAUAGAAGGAAGAAACUGCCUGGACCCCUGCGGGUGUAUGUGGGGCUGCCACUGCCCCCAGGACAUCUGGAGGGGCAGGGGAGGUCCCCCAGUAUCUGUAGCUGCAGCAGAGCCUGCUGGCUGUAGCUGAAGACUCCACAGCCCCCACCCCACCCCCUGACUUGGGAGCGCUCUUCUGGCCAGAGCAAACCCUCCAGACAGUCGCGGCAGCAUGGGCCGAACUCGGGAAGCUGGCUGCUUGGCUGCUGGUGUAGUGAUCGGCGCUGGCGCCUGCUACUGCGUAUACAGACUGACCUGGGGAAGAGAUGAGAGCGAGAAAAUCUGGGACGACCACGAUGACGAUGAUGAGGAGGAAUCUAGCGAUAUUGCAGAGACUGGGAAAGGAGCUAAGGCUAAUGCUGGGGCAGGGGCUGGAGCCAGACUUCAGGGUGACUCAAAGGCCAAGGCUGAGGUGUCCGUGGAACUCAAGAGUGGACCUGAUGUAAAGGCAGAGGCCCACUUGAAGGCCCAGAGCGGAGGUGGCCUAGAGGCCAAGGCCAAGGCCCUUUUCAGCACCCUGAAGGAACAGGCAAGUGCAAAGGUGGGCAAAGGGGCCAGGUUGGGUACCAUCUCCGGGACCAGGACCCUUACACCUGGUUUACCCUGCCCAGGAGUCAGGGGUGGAGGCUGCCACCCUGUGAGGAAUGGAGCUAGGGCUGGGGGCAGGACUAGUGGCAAGUCCAAGGGAAGGACCAGAGGUAAGAGCACCAGGACUCCAGCCACAUCAUGGCCUGUUCGAAGGGGCAAGUUCAACUUUCCCUAUAAAAUUGAUGAUAUUCUGGGUGCUACUGACCUUCAAAAGGUCCUUAACAUCCUAGAAAGAACUAAUGAUCCUUUUAUUCAGGAAGUAGCCUUGGUCACUCUGGGUAACAAUGCAGCAUAUUCAUUUAACCAAAAUGCCAUUCGUGAAUUGGGUGGUCUCCCAAUUAUUGCAAAACUGAUAAAAACGAAAGAUCCCAUUAUUAGGGAAAAGGCAUACAAUGCCCUUAAUAAUUUGAGUGUGAAUGCGGAAAAUCAGGGCAAGAUUAAGACAUAUAUCAGUCAAGUGUGUGAUGACACCAUGAUCUGUCGUUUGGACUCAGCUGUGCAGAUGGCUGGUCUAAGACUGUUAACCAACAUGACUGUGACAAAUCACUACCAACAUUUGCUUUCCUAUUCUUUUCCAGACUUUUUUGCUUUGUUAUUCCUGGGAAAUUACUUCACCAAGAUUCAGAUUAUGAAACUAAUCAUAAACUUUACUGAAAAUCCAGCCAUGACAAGAGAGCUGGUCAGUUGUAAAGUACCAUCAGAAUUGAUUUCCCUCUUUAAUAAAGAAUGGGACAGAGAGAUUCUUCUUAAUAUCCUUACCCUAUUUGAGAAUAUAAAUGACAACAUAAAAAAUGAAGGGCUUGCCUCAUCCAGGAAAGAAUUCAGCAGAAGUUCACUUUUUUUCUUAUUCAAAGAAUCUGGAGUGUGUGUUAAGAAAAUCAAAGCAUUAGCAAAUCACAGUGAUCUGGUCGUGAAAGUAAAAGUCCUAAAAGUAUUGACCAAACUUUAACUGGGGGUCUGUCCCAAACAAUACUGAGGUAAUUUUUUUAGUUUGCACUUGGGAACAAUGCAUUUUGUAAAUUCUUUGCUUUUCACUGUGCUUAUAUGGCAAAGAGAUCCUUUCAGCUGCUAUUUUGGAAUAAUGAAUAUCACAUAUCAACAGUGAUGCUGGUUGUGAUGGUUGGUUUUAGGCUAGACCAUUUUAAGGAUGUCAGAUGAAUACUAGAGCUUGUACAAAGAAAGCAUUUAUUGAUUCCAUCUUGCUACCUAGAUUGAGAUAUUUUUACUCUUUCCUCUACUUAAACUGACAGCGAACUAAUCACGAAUAAGCUAUACUUUUGUAUUGGUUUACAUUUGUUAAUCUUGUGUUUCAUCAAUAAAGUUGUGUGUUUUAA